AUGAGUGACUUAGAACAGCAACAGCAGCAAGAGCAUGAUCACCACUUCGUUGUAAAUCGCGAAGGGUCUAAGAGUGAAGCAAGUACACACCAUAAAGACAAUAAUAUUACUGAAAUUGUUGCGGAUGGAGAAUAUAUCCAAUUUGGUAACGAAAGGUAUCGUCGUGAUGAGUUGGUUGAAGCAUUCGGUGGUACCAUGAAUCCUGGUUUAGGACCACCACCAAAGCACAACUUGGCUAACCCUGCACCAUUAGGAUUAUCCGGUUUCGCGCUUACAACUUUCUUGCUUUCAUUAAUCAAUGUCCAAGCCAGAGGUGUCACCAUUCCAAACAUUGUUGUUGGAUUAGCAUUUUUUUACGGGGGUGCUGCACAAUUAGUUGCCGGUAUGUUUGAAAUUGCUUCGGGAAACACCUUUGGUGGUGUUGCGUUGAGUUCGUAUGCUGGUUUCUGGGGUGGAUGGGCUGCCCUUUAUGUUGAUAGUUUUGGAAUUGCUUCAGCCUAUGAUGACGAAAGAGAAUUUACUAAUGCGGUUGGUAUUUUCCUCGUGGGGUGGUUUAUAUUUACGUUCUUUUUGAUGUUGAUGACUUUGAAAUCUACGGUGGCGUUUUUCUCGAUCUUCUUCUUCCUCUCGAUUACAUUCUUACUAUUGGCUAUUGCCGAGUUUAAAACUGACGGGGUUGCAGUUCAGAAAGCUGGUGGGGUAUUUGGUCUUCUUACAGCAUUUGCUGCUUGGUAUAAUGCGUAUGCUGGUAUCGCCAACAGUCAAAACAGUUACAUUACUGUCAAGGCUAUUCAUUUGCCUGAUUUGCAAGCCAGAUAA